AUGUCAUCACCAAAUAGAAGAAGAGAUCUAGAUCUCACUAAAUUGAUGAUGAGUAACUAUGAGGUUACGAUAUCUACCGAUUCAAUGGCAGAAUUCACCGUCACUUUUUAUGGACCUAAAGAUAGCCCUUACUUUGGUGGCACAUGGAAGGUCAGAGUUGAAUUACCUCCCAACUACCCUUACAAAUCACCUUCCAUUGGAUUUUUAAAUAAGAUAUACCAUCCAAAUGUAGAUUUAGCAUCGGGGUCAGUUUGUUUAGAUGUAAUUAAUCAGACUUGGAGUCCAAUGUUUGAUCUUAUCAAUAUAUUCGAGGUAUUCCUUCCACAACUUUUGUUAUAUCCCAACCCAACCGAUCCAUUGAAUGGUGAAGCUGCAUCAAUGUUACUUAAAGAGCCUGAGAAAUAUAAACAAAAAGUAAAGGAAUUUGUAAAUAAAUACGCAACUAAAAACUCACAACAGGAAGACAGUGAAUCAGAGAGCGAUUUGAGUUCUUAUUCAGAUGAUUCCGAUGCCAAUGAUAGCGAUAAUGAUGGUGAUGACGACGACACCAAAACUAAAUUCCAAAUUGAUUUUUAA